AUGCGUUUAGAAAAAUGCUACUUUUGUUCGUCAACCGUAUAUCCCGGUCAUGGAAUGAUGUUUGUAAGGAAUGAUAGCAAGAUAUUUCGUUUUUGUAGAAGUAAAUGUCAUGCAGCCUUUAAACAUAAGCGAAAUCCUCGUAAAGUGCGCUGGACAAAAGCUUUCAGAAAAGCAGCCGGAAAAGAAAUGAUUAUUUUCGAAAAACGUCGAAAUGUUCCUGUACGUUAUGAUCGUGAACUCAUGAGCACUACAGUUAAAGCAAUGAAACGAAUUUCAGAAAUUAAAGCCAAACGUGAACGAAUCUUUUAUAAGAACAGAAUGUCUGGUAACAAAGAACUUGAGAAGGCAGAUAAUAUCAGAGAAAUUCAACGUCAUAUUGAACUUGUCGAUUCUCCUUCAGCAAAAAUUAAAGCACAAGUUGCCAAAAUUCCAGAGAAAACACAACGUAUUGAAAUGGAUACAUCUUAA